AAAGCUCGACAUUAUAAUAAGGUGAGUCGGGUAUAGUUCCAUUUUCAUGCCGACUGAAGACCCAGACAAACUUACCGAAACUCGAGCCCUUUUGUUCCUGUCUCCGAUGCCAUCGCCAUCCAAAUGAGCUCAUCUGGCGGGACCCACUCUCUAGCCACCGCUCGCUGCAAAACGCGGCAACGACGAAGGUGCGAAGGAGCUCCACCAACCCCUCUCUUGCACUGGACUUUCUACAACAACAACAACGAAAAGAAGAAACCGCACCGCUCAUCCUCACGCGCUGAAGCAGUUGGAGAUGGAGCCAAGUUUUCUGGAGGCAGACACGUGGAGCUAUCUGCGAGGAAGCUGGCGGCUGGACUCUGGCAGUUGCGGUUGUCGUCUGGGUUGUUGGGCCGCGGAAAUGGUGGUUUUGGCUCUAAACAUAGAUCCUCUGAUCGGUUACGUUUAGGGCCUGGCAUGGGGCAUGUAAGUAUGAUGUUUUCUCAAAACCACUCUAGCAAACAGCAUGGUUCAGACAUGAAGCAUCUACGGAGAAGCAUCUUGGGUCCAACGCAAGGAACCUUUAAUAAACUUGAGCUUCUUGAAGAUCAAGUUAAAACCUUGUCUUUUGGGUCUGCGCUGCAAGCAGAACUAGUGCAAGCUAAAUUAUACAUUCAUGACCUUGAAUAUGAAGUGCGGUCCUCUAGAAAAAAGGUCAAGUACCUACUGAGGAAGCUUGGUGAUGAAAGAACGUCACAACAGAAAAAGGAACACGAUAAGAUUUGUGCACUUAUUGAUGAUUUGAAGGGUCAAUUGAGCAGGGAAAGAAAAAUGCAACAAAGGAUGGACGUUAUUAAUUCUCAAUUAGUGAAGGAGCUCGCUGAAGCUAAAUUAUCAGCAAUGCAGUUAGUUCAAAAAUAUGAGGAAGAAAAAAGGACCAGAGAGCUAUUGGAGGAAGUAUGUAAUGAGCUAGCUAUGAAGAUUGGAGAAGAUAAGGCUGAAGUUGAAGCCCUGAGAAUAGAAACCAAGAAAAUUCGAGAAGAGGUGGAAGAAGAGAGAAAUAUGUUACAGGUGGCUGAGGUUUGGCGUGAAGAACGUGUCCAAAUGAAGUUGAUUGAUGCUAGGUUGGCUCUUGAAAGUAAGUACUCUCAGAUGAACAAGCUGAUAACUAUUCUUGAAACUUUUCUCAAGUCAAGAAGCACAAGCAUGGAUUUGACAGAUUUAAGAAAAGCUGAGCUGAUUGCACAGGCCGUAAAAUCAGUUAACAUUCAAGAUAUGGAGGAAUUUUCUUAUGAGCCUCUGAGAUCCGGGGAUAUAUUCUCAAUCCUUGAAGAACUACACUCAGUUGAAGUUUGUGAAAGGGAAAUUGAACCAUGCUUUAAUUACUCUUCAACUGGUGAUGUUUUUAUUUACCAGCCUGUGAGUCCUGAGAAAAAUGAUCAUGAUAACGACCACUUGCGGAAGCGCCCAAGUGGCUUUGUUGAUUAUAACAGUAGCAACGAAGAAGAUAACAAGGGCAGGGAAAGAGUUAAUCAUGUUGAGAAUCAGGUUUCCGUUCAAGAAAGUGGUCAUUCUAUUAUCACAGUUGGUGGAUGCAAAAAUGCUCCAAGGUGUGAAAUAGAACAGGAUGAAACCGCUGGUAGAUGUUCUCCAAAUACAGAAACUAUUGAAGUAUGCUCAAUAUCUGCAGAAGAGUCAAAGUGGAAGACAUCUUCUGCAAUGCUUAGGAUAUCAUGUGCAAGUAGUAGUGGAUCCUAUAAAGCAAUAUCAGACGAAGGUAAUGGAAGGCUUUCAAAUGGAAAAGUUUCCAGUCUGGGGACAAAUUUUCCAAAUUGGAAGUCUAUUAAAGGUGGACUUGAGCACCCAAAGCCAAUGGGGAAGUGUGGCUCUACACACUUGGUAAAUCCACACAUAGCUCGAGGCAUGAAGGGGCCCGUUGAAUGGCGAAGUGGCUUCCAGAAAAAUAGUUUGAAGGCAAAGCUUUCGGAAACCAGGGCUGAAAGCAAGAAAACUCAAUUACACAGACACAAUACUGGUUGAUAGAUAGGCAAACUAUAGGUUUUUUCAAUAUUUGUUAAGAGCCAGUAUCCAAGCAGCAGGAAUAUGGCCCUGAAAGUCAUGUUAAUUAAAAGCUAUACUUUUCUUAAGGUUCUCUUCCCAGACACUGACACGAGAUCUGCUGUUGCUAGGUGCUGCCUAUACUUUGAACUCCAGUCACUUUCAACUCUGGUGAAAGAUUCUUCCCGUCAUGUAUCAAGUUUGUUUUCACGAAGUCCUUGCUGUUGCCAAGCAAGGCAUCCUUGCUUAUUUGUAAAACUGAUAUAAUAACUAGACUUUAUCAAUAUAUGAUUCUUUUAGUUGAAACUGCUCGACAAAUAUCUUCCUUUAUUUUCCUUAUUACUUUUCAAUUGAUAAUUCUAUUUGUUUUAUAUCAGGAUUCACGUUGUAGCAUCGAAAACACUA